CGUCCAUGGAGUCACCCAGGACAUCGACCUGCAGGAGUCCGUCAUCACCGUGACCGCCAUCCGUGUCAUCCGCCAGCCACUGCCACUGUUCCAGGAUGGAUUCCUUCGAUUCCUUCGAGGAUACUCUGCGGAGGCUGCGAGAGGCCUUCAAGGCAGGGCAGACCAGGCCUGUGGAGUUCCGGGUGGCACAGCUGCAGGGCUUGGGCCACUUCCUCGGAGCCAACAAGCAGCUGUUGCAGGAUGCACUGGCAGAGGACCUGGGCAAGUCACCCUUCGAAUCAGACAUAAGUGAGAUCAUCCUGUGCCAGAAUGAGGUGGACUUGGCCAUCAAGAGCCUGCAGACCUGGAUGAAGGAUGAGCCAGUGGCCACCAAUUUGCUCACCAAGCUGAGCUCCGCCUUCAUCCGGAAGGAGCCCUUCGGCCUGGUGAUUAUCAUUGCUCCCUGGAAUUACCCUCUGAACUUGAUGAUCAUGCCCCUCGUGGGGGCCAUCGCUGCAGGGAACUGUGUGCUGCUGAAACCAUCGGAAAUAAGCAAGAACACAGAGAGUCUGGCUGAGCUGCUGCCCCAGUACCUGGACCAGAGCUGCUUUGCCGUGGUGCUGGGUGGGCCCGAGGAGACUGGGCAGCUGCUAGAACACAAAUUUGACUACAUCUUCUUCACAGGGAGUCCUCGAGUAGGCAAGAUUGUCAUGGCCGCGGCUGCCAAACACCUGACACCCAUCACCCUGGAGCUGGGGGGCAAGAACCCCUGCUAUGUGGAUGACAGUUGUGACCCCCAGACCGUGGCAAACCGUGUGGCCUGGUUCCGAUACUUCAAUGCCGGCCAGACCUGCGUGGCCCCCGAUUACAUCCUGUGCAGCCAGGAGAUGCAGGAGAGGCUGCUGCCUGCCCUCCAGAGCGCCAUCUUGCGUUUCUAUGGCGACGACCCCAAGACCUCCCCGAACUUGGGCCGCAUCAUCAACCAGAAACAUUUCAAGAGACUCCAGGGAUUGCUGGGCUGUGGUCGUGUGGCCAUCGGUGGCCAGAGUGAGGAGAGUGAACGCUACAUCGCACCCACAGUGCUGGUGGACGUGCAGGAGACAGAUCCGGUGAUGCAGGAGGAGAUCUUUGGGCCCAUCCUGCCCCUGCUGACCGUGAAGAACCUGGAAGAGGCCAUCGACUUCAUCAACCGGCGGGAGAAACCACUGGCGCUGUACGCCUUCUCCAACAACAGCCGGGUAUGGGCCUGACGGGGCCACAGAGGAGGGGUGAACCAGGUGUUGGACUGCACCAGCAGCGGUGGCUUUGGAGGCAACGAUGGCUUCCUCUACCUGACCCUGUCAGCCAUGCCCCUGGGAGGAAUUGGUAACAGCGGGAUGGGCCGGUACCAUGGCAAAUUCUCCUUCGACACCUUCUCCCACCACCGCGCCUGCCUGCUGCGCAGCCCAGGGAUGGAGAGGCUUAAUGACCUCCGCUACCCGCCCUAUAGUCCCUGGAGCCAGCAACUGAUAAGCUGGGCUAUAGGUUCCCAGAGCUGUACCCUUCUGUAA